AUGAGCCUGGAGUUCUUGAUUGCCGCUUGCAGCUCAGUUGUCACUCCAUCGCACCUUCCCCUUGCAGCCACCUCAGCCCUCGCAACUCACAUUUCAGUAGCCGCCCCCGGCUACCGAAACAUCUGCAUCGUUGUGCCGGACCUGAAGCCGAAUAAGAUCGCCGCGGGUAAAGCCAUCAAGAGUCUGGGCCGUUGA